UCUUGUGACGCGGGCGUGGAGAGCUGCUGUGGUGGGUGUGAGUGUGGCACCGAGAGAAAAAUAAAGUGGUUAGCACGCAGUUUAUACGGCAUUAUAGCAUAUCGAACGGCCGCUGUCAAUUUCUUUAAUCCAAAAUGGGAAACUGUCACACCGUUGGACCCAACGAAGCGCUGGUGGUUUCAGGUGGCUGCUGUGGUUCUGACCAGAAGACAUACGUGGUGGGUGGCUGGGCCUGGGCCUGGUGGCUUAUCUCGGACAUCCAGAGAAUGUCUCUGGAAGUUAUGACCAUCCUCUGUCGCUGUGAGAAUAUCGAAACCUCGGAGGGUGUUCCCCUGGAUGUUACAGGGGUGGCUCAGGUUAAGGUGAUGACUGAGAAUGAACUGCUGGGUUAUGCCUGCGAACAGUUCCUCGGGAAGUCAGUCAUGGAGAUCAAGAGUGUCAUCCUUCAGACACUUGAGGGUCACCUCCGCGCCAUCCUUGGUACACUGACAGUUGAACAGAUUUACCAGGACAGAGAUAAGUUUGCCACUCUUGUGCGGGAGGUGGCAGCACCGGACGUUGGUCGCAUGGGUAUUGAAAUUCUCAGCUUCACCAUCAAGGACGUGUAUGAUAAAGUGGAGUAUUUGAGCUCACUGGGGAAAACUCAGACUGCUGCAGUGCAGAGAGACGCAGACAUUGGUGUGGCUGAAGCUGAGAGAGAUGCUGGUAUACGGGAGGCAGAGUGCAAGAAGGAGAUGAUGGACGUCAAGUUCCUUGCGGACACAAAGAUGGCCGACUCCAAGCGUGAAUUAGAAAUGCAGAAAGCUGCCUUCAACCAAGAAGUGAACACCAAGAAAGCAGAAGCUCAGCUGGCGUAUGAGUUGCAGGCAGCCAAAGAGCAGCAGAAGAUUCGACUGGAGGAGAUAGAAAUAGAGGUGGUGCAGAGAAAGAAGCAGAUCACGAUUGAGGAGAAGGAGAUCGAUCGAACUGAUAAGGUGCUGAUAGCUACUGUGAAGAGACCUGCCGAGGCUGAAGCCUACAAAAUGCAGCAACUGGCUGAGGGACAGAAAAUAAAGAAGGUGCUGACAGCCCAGGCAGAGGCUGAGAAGAUUCGCUGCAUUGGUGAAGCUGAGGCUGCCUCCAUUGAAGCCGUGGGCAAAGCCGAGGCUGAGAAGAUGAGACUGAAGGCUGAUGCCUACCAGCAGUAUGGUGAGGCUGCCAAGACUGCUUUGGUGCUGGAAGCUCUGCCUAAGAUUGCAGGUAAGGUGGCCGCCCCACUGGCCAAGACAAAUGAGAUUGUGAUUCUGAGUGGAGAAGGAAACCGUGUGACUGGAGAAGUGACCCGUCUGCUGGCUGAGCUGCCAGUGUCUGUGAACGCCCUGACAGGUGUUGACCUGACUAAGAUCCCUCUGCUGCAGAAGAUGGCGGGCCAGCAGAGCCAGGUGGCCGUCUGAAGAAUCUGACUGAUUCCUCUACAACAUGCCAUAUUUCUGCCUCAAGCGUGAAAGCAGUUUCUGCCCACUGCCCUGGACCACAAACUCCCAAAGUGUUGAUUCAAAGAGGUUUUUCAUUUGUUGUGGGAGAAGACAACUGCCUUACUCCUGAAGGACCAGAUGCAUGCUUCAGACUUUAGUUACACUGGUCAUUUCAGUACACUGGUCUCUGUAGUGAACUCUUUAGCUUUUUACUGCUACUAGGUUUUUAUUUAGACAACACUAUCAGGGUCAAUUUCAUAAUGAGUUAUUUUUUGUUGCCGGAAUGUUGGCAUUUCCUUUUACACAAGGACACCCUUCUUAUUCUCUGUUUUAUAAGACAAACCACUGAGACAACUCAAGCCUUGCUUUAUGUGUCAGCCGCUAAAAUCGUGAACACACUGUGACAUCAACGCCGGGGCUUUGUCAUCCCCUGCCACCUGCAAUGUAUGUUAGCUGCUUGUUUUCUUGCUCUCAUAUAUAUAGUGCCUGCUCACCACUCAAGUGCCCAAUCCUUUAGGACGGUAGGUUGGCAUUGGUUAGUUUUCCUCAAGAGAGUAAACAUACCACCGUGUCGCAUAGAUGGACAAUAGUAUUCUUCAGUUCUUAACCAGUGUACUUUGCUAUUACUAACAAGUGUGGACGUUACAUGUUGUGCACGUUUUUCUAUCAUUGAAGUAUACCGCUCAGAAACUAUAACAGUCAUACAUGAAUACAGAUAUUAGCCUUAAACCAAACGCUGGACUUCCCCAGAGCUUCCUGCUCAGGGUCAAAGCUUUAUUUAGGUUUGAAUGUACUGUUAAUGUUUUGUACCACAUCUUAUAGCUAUAUAUAGAUAUAUAUAUACAUAACUGAGAUUGAUCACACUACAUUACAGGUAACUAGGUCUGAAAAUACAUGUAUGUGUAUGUGUGUAUAUAUAUAUAUACACACACACAGUCUACAGAUUUUAUUCUACAGCUUAUAUAGCUUCAGAAUGAGAUUGAUCACUACCAUGUGUGGCUGUUUUGGAAAAUAGAGAGAAUAAAUACCUCUGGAAAACUAUCAACUUGUUUUUAUUAACCUCAAUUGAGCCUGUUAUAAUUGACUUUUUGGGAGCUUUUUCAAAUAUUAUUUGAAAUAUUGACCUAUGAUAUUGCUGUUCCUAAAAGCUGUAGACUGAAAUCAUUUAGAGAUGAAGGCCGACUGUUACAGAAAAAAAAAAUAAAAAAUCGACCGUGUCUUUGCAUUUUUUUUUUUUUUUUUUUUACAUUCCUAAAAGCGCGUCCACCACGUCCCCAAAACUAAUGAAGCAAAACAUCAGGUCCAGUAUGUGCUGCUUGUGGACGACAAACACAAUUUAUAGUCACUGAGCGCCAUCACUGUUUACUCAAUGACUUUCAGUAGAAACACGCCCUCAAAUGUCGCUCAGAUUAAAGUCACUGGUGUCCACCACAUGCUUGUGUAAAAGUCAUGCAGUUAUGUAGCAUGAGGCGCCUGAAGAUUCCCACCUGCCAGGCAUUUAAAACCAUGAAAGCUGGGUGGCUUUUGCUCAACGACAGCGCUCCAUCUGCUGACAGCCAGGGCGUCAUGACAGGGGAGAAAUCCACAACCUCAUGUUGUGGUGUUGGUGUGUGGCUGAAGAGGGUGACACUGAAGUACACUAAUGCAAAGAUUAGUUUUGCAGAAUGGGUGUUAAGAUGGGAAGAUGCAGCAUGCUGGGUUAAAAUGCUGCGAGAACUGGCUGAAACUCCUGUCAUCAAAUGACAUGAUGUAGAAACUUCGGUCAUUUACUGAGAUCUGCUUCACACUAACCAUCAAACAUUUAGUGCCGACCAUCGGUCGGAGUAUAUUGAUGCAGUUGGCAUUUUGAGAUUGAGGAAACGCAUCCUGUUACCUCAGUGGCUACACUAACGUCUGAUCAUCUUGUACAUUGUUGUUCAGUCUGUAAAUGAGAAUUCUCAAAUAAACUUGUUUUCCUGGCCAACACUAUAUGAAGAAAAUAUAUUUCAGUAUGCACUUGUAAAGGACUGUUUCAAGACUGUCAAAUGGAACAAAGUCGUAAGUCAUAAGUGUUAUAUUUUUUUACCUGCUGGGACAAUAUGAUGCCUGAUGAAGCUUCAUUUAAACCAGCUUUAUUUUAUUCAUCCAAAAGUAAAAGAGCAUUGAAAUAAUCUAAAAGGUGUCAAUUGAAGAGUUAUUGUGCUUCAUGUAGCGUCAUGUGAGAGAAAGUGGAUAAAGACCUUUGCCUUAAAUCUUCAUCGUGAUCAUGAUGUUUGUCAGUUAGUCAUGGCUGAUACGGAUUUCUCUUUUCAUGUACCAAUAACCUGUGGACAGUUGGUCCAGCGUGGCACUGUACUCGUGUAUGUCAUGCUACCCUGUGUUAUCAUGUAAUAAAUG